AUGGAAGAAGCGCUGUGGGUGAGCUCGGAGAGGCAGGUGGAGCUCGGCACACCCAGAGUUGACUGUGGUGGGGAGGUGCUGAAUGAGGUGUUGGUGACACCAGUGUCAUUGGUGCGCAGCAAUGGGCAGGGGCCGGGCCCACCCGCGCUGGCCCAGGCAGCGCCACAUGCCGUCACAGCUCCCCUUGCAGGCCCGCGGCCACCGCGACGGGCCACCGCGAAGCUGCCCCGGCCUCUGCGCCACUCAGCGGGGUCCCCACGCCCCCCGCCCCGGUCAGCGGCCCUGGGAGCCGCUCCCCAGCCUCCCGGUUCACUGAGGCCCCACGAGGUCAGGACCAACGCGGCGCCGAGACAAAGACGACGUCCGGCCUCGGCGGCCGCGGCCCUGGGGACAGCGGGCUUCUCGGGACCCCGGGCCGGGCCUGGGGGCUGCAGACCCAGCACGGAGGGCGCGGGGUCUGGGCCGGGAGCAGGGCCGCUGGGGCCACAGCCGGCCCGGCCCCGGCACCAGGGCACCCAGGUCACAGGCUCCAUGGACAGGUGGGCCCGGGCCUCGCGGCCGCCCCCUCUCGGCCACUGGCUGCCCUGGUGGCGCGCCGGCUGUCCCCUGGGCUUGCCCGCGAGGGCCCCUGAGGACGAGAGUGCGGGCCAUGCAGGCAGGAGGCCCCGGCGCCGCGGCGGCCCGGACAGUCGGCCCCAGGGCUCCCGGAACACGCGGGACCCGGUCCCGCCUCGGCUGGCCCCCGGCAGCCACAGCCCCAGCCCUGCCGAGGGGCUCCCGAACCCCCAGGGCCUCUCCUGCCCCACACCGCCGCCGGGUACCGCAGAGGGGCCGCCGGCCGCCCAGAGAUUUGGCGGUGGGAGAGGUGAGAAGCAGAGUCCCUGUGCGCGGAAAGGGACCCCGGACAGUGUCCUCAUCACCUGCUUCCACGCGGCUUACCCCCAGAUGCCUCGUUUCCACUCGUCUGGGCAGCAGAGUCUGCCCCCAGCUCUGCGAUUGCCUCAGUCUCACUGUCCUUUGAGAGGAGGAGGAAGCAACCGGUGCGUGUAG